UUUCAGAACUAAAGUCCAGCUAGAGAAUAAAGUGCUCCACGUGUUACUGAAGAUUUUAUAAAUUUCAUGGGCUUUCCACUCCAUUUCAUCCUCCAUCUCCUCAUGCUUCCCAUCUGGGUACAAGGAUCAGGUUCCCCACACAGAAUAAAAUACAAAAAUAAUGAAACAGCUGUAUUUGGAGAAAAUGUGACCAUCUUCUGCAACUUAACAACUCCAGCAGAUAUUGUGCAAAUUACCUGGCAGAAGAUUCAAGGUUCUUUGCCACAAAAUAUUGGCACAUAUAGCAGUGUAUAUGGAGAAACGAUUCUUCCACCAUACAGAGAUCGACUGCACUGUGAGGUCAUCGAACCCAAUUCCUCAUUCAUAACUAUCCGUGAAGUAACAUUUGAAGAUGAAGCUUGCUACAAAUGUCUAUUUAAUGUGUUCCCGCAUGGCAGCCAUGGGGGACAAAUCUGCCUUACCAUUAUAGCUCUAUCUGGAUUAAAAACUGAACUCCAGUCCAAUCUUGACUCUGAAGAUUUUCUUAGAUUUAUUUACUCAGCUGUGGGAAAACCUGUUCCCCAAAUAUCUCUUUUCCCAUCACAAGUCUUGAUUAAUCCACCUGAGGAAUACCUUGCUCAGAAUCCAAAUGGCACAGUGACUAUCACUAAAAUGUGCAACAUCUCCUUGGAGGCUGUGAGGUCCCUAGGUCUCCAAUAUCUGACUGUACACAUGGAUCAUCCUCUAAGGAAUGAAGAGAAGAUUGUUCCCUUGUCAGUCAAACAAGAAUGUACUUCUCAUUCUCCUUAUACUUGGUUGCGUAUCGUUGGUCUACCCAUACUUCUGUUAUGUUUUUUGUCAAUUGUUAUCUAUCUUAUUUGGAGAAAGAAAAAGUCAGAGAAUGCUCUUGAAACCACACCCCAGCUGAGCCAGCCUGAUGUGGAAUCUUUAAUCAACCAAGUUUUUCCUGUAUACAGGUAAUUGGUAGAGCCAAGAACUCUGGAACUUGUUAAAAUAAAAAAAGAAUCCUUCUCAUCAAAGCAAGUGGAAGGAAAUCCCUCCCAGUAAGAAGACAACCAACCAACCAACCAACCAGUCACUCUGAAAGAAGAGAUCAUUAAGUUUGAAUACAGAAUUUGAUUCUGGAUAAAAAUAAAUGUGCAUUUUUAAAAAA